AUGUUGGAACGGAAUUCGGAGUGUCGGCUUAACGAUAGGACGGUAUCACCGCGAAGUCACAUGGAACAAGAAAAGCGAAUACGAAGGGAAAUAGCCAACUCGAACGAGAGAAGACGAAUGCAAAGCAUAAAUGCUGGUUUUCAAUCUCUUAGAACGUUGUUGCCCAGUCACGAGGGUGAAAAAUUAAGCAAGGUGAAAUCUAUUCGAUUGAGGAGAAAGAAUGAAUGCACGUAUGUGGAAGAUGGUGCGUAA